CUGCUCACGAUGCUGGGAGGCCUGGGGAGACUGGAGGCUGAGGGCGUGGCCCACCGCACCGAGAAGGCCACCGAGGAGGCAGUGCACGCCGUGGAGGGAGUGGUGAAGGACGUGAUGGAGCACAUCAAGGAUGCUGGAGAGAAAGCCAUCACCGAUACCCUAAAGAAAGCCCAGGAGUCCGGAGACAAAAUAGUGAAGGAAGCUGCCGAGAAGGUGACCAGCACUGUCGCAAACGCCGCCACCCACGCAGUGGAGGGCCUGGGCAACCUGGGCAAGCCUGCCGCCGGCCACCCUUCCCCAACGCAAUAAAGCCAUG